CUUACCCAUAAUGCUUUGUGGGGACGUUGACAAGUGGAUCCAAGAUGGCGUAGAAAGUAAUGACAGGAGUUGGAUGAAGUAAUUGAUCACUAAAGAACGACAGUGCUGGUGAGAUGUGUAAGAUUGAGGCAUACAAUUGACAUUUUGCCUUUAAAAAAAAACACUUGGGAGAGGAAGGUGGACAUAAACCAAGAUCCUUUUAAAUUAUAAAGAGCUCUGAUGGGCUAUUUGGGUGAUACCCAGUGCAGUGAACUGCAGACUGGAUGAUGCCGACCAGACUCCGAAGAGACUGCCUGCCACUGUGUCAGUUUGUUUGAAGAGAAGUGAGGGAUUUUUGUCCCUGAGUCAUGGAAGACAGAAGAGCUGAGAAGUCAUGUGAACAAGCAUGCGACUCACUCAAGAGGCAGGACUAUGAAAUGGCCCUGAAGCACUGCACAGAGGCCCUCCUUUCUCUGGGUCAGGGCUCCAUGGCUGACUUCACGGGGCCGUGUCCGCUGGAGAUAGAAAGUAUCAAAAUUGAGAGUCUUCUUUACAGAAUUGCCUCAUUUUUGCAACUGAAAAAGUAUGGGCAAGCUGAUGAAGAUUGUAGGCAUGUGCUGGGAGAAGGCCUGGCCAAGGGAGGUGGUACCUUUCAGACAGUGCUUUGCUGCAUGCAACUGAAAGGAAAGCUCCAGCUUGUUUCCAACAUUCUUGCCAAGUCGCUGACAGGAGAGUCCCUGAAUGGGAUGGUAACAAAAGAUUUAACAAGACUAAAAACACUUCUCACAGAAACAGAGACAGCAACUAGUAACGUCCUCUCUGGAUAUCACAUAGAAGACUUAGAAGAGGGAUCUUGUAAUGGUUGGCAUUUCCGCCCACCACCUAGGGGAAUCACAAGCAGCGAGGAAUAUACUUUGUGUAAAAGAUUUUUAGAGCAAGGAAUCUGUAGGUAUGGUGCCCAGUGUACUUCAGCACAUUCCCAGGAAGAACUAGCAGAAUGGCAGAAAAGAUAUGCUUCACGGUUGAUAAAAUUGAAACAGCAAAAUGAGAAUAAACAGUUCUCAGGCAGUUACAUGGAAACCUUGAUAGAAAAGUGGAUGAAUUCAUUAUCUCCUGAGAAAGUGCUUAGUGAAUGUAUAGAAGGAGUAAAAGUAGAGCAUAAUCCUGAUUUGACGGUUACUGUCAACACCAAAAAGUCUCACCAGACAUGGACCUUUGCUCUUACCUGUAAGCCUGCAAGAAUGCUGUAUCGUGUAGCAUUGCUUUAUGAUGCUCAUCGUCCUCAUUUUAGUAUCAUUGCAAUAUCUGCCGGAGAUAGUACUACCCAGGUAUCACAAGAAGUCCCAGAAAACUGUCAAGAAUGGAUAGGAGGAAAGAUGGCCCAAAAUGGAUUAGAUCAUUACGUGUAUAAAGUCGGGAUAGCAUUUAACACAGAAAUAUUUGGAACUUUUCGCCAAACCAUAGUUUUCGACUUUGGAUUGGAACCAGUACUCAUGCAAAGAGUAAUGAUUGAUGCAGCUUCUACAGAAGAUCUUGAAUACCUGUUGCAUGCAAAACAACAGCUAAUAACCACAGCUAAGCGCUGGGAUUCUUCUUCUAAGACUAUUAUAGAUUUUGAACCUAAUGAAACUACUGAUUUGGAGAAGAGCCUUCUUAUCAGAUACCAAAUUCCUCUCUCUGCUGACCAGCUAUUUACCCAGUCUGUUUUAGACAAAUCACUGACCAAGACCAACUAUCAGUCACGGUUGCAUGACCUUCUUUAUAUUGAGGAGAUAGCCCAGUAUAAAGAAGUUAGCAAGUUCAACCUUAAGGUGCAGUUGCAGAUUCUAGCAAGCUUCAUGCUCACUGGAGUUUCUGGAGGUGCAAAGUAUGCUCAGAAUGGACAACUUUUUGGUCGCUUUAAGCUUACUGAAACACUUUCUGAAGAUACUUUGGCUGGACGGCUGGUGAUGACCAAAGUCAAUGCUGUUUAUUUAUUACCAGUCCCUAAAGAGAAGUUAGUACAGACCCAGGGAACCAAAGAGAAGGUUUAUGAAGCUACUAUUGAAGAAAAAACAAAAGAAUAUAUAUUUUUAAGGAUAUCCAGGGAAUGCUGUGAAGAACUCAGUCUUCGGCCUGAUUAUGACACACAGGUUGAACUUCAGUUUCAAUUAAAUCGAUUACCCCUCUGUGAAAUGCAUUAUGCGCUAGACAGGAUCAAGGACAAUGGGAUUUUAUUUCCAGACAUCACUAUGACUCCAACCAUACCUUGGAGUCCCAACAGACAAUGGGAUGAACAGUUGGAUCCUCGACUAAAUGCAAAACAGAAAGAGGCUGUUCUGGCCAUUACAACCCCACUUUCAAUACAGCUGCCUCCUGUUCUCAUCAUUGGACCCUAUGGGACAGGCAAAACAUUCACGCUAGCUCAGGCUGUAAAGCACAUACUCCAGCAGCAGGAGACAAGCAGGAUUCUCAUUUGCACCCAUUCUAAUAGUGCUGCUGAUCUCUACAUAAAGGAUUAUUUACAUCCAUAUGUAGAAGCAGGCAAUCCCCAGGCAAGACCUCUCAGGGUAUAUUUCAGAAAUCGCUGGGUAAAGACUGUUCACCCAGUUGUGCAUCAGUACUGUUUGAUCUCAAGCGCACAUUCCACCUUUCAGAUGCCACAGAAAGAAGAUAUUCUUAAACACCGAGUGGUGGUGGUUACGUUGAAUACUUCCCAGUACCUCUGUCAGUUGGACCUUGAACCUGGGUUUUUUACGCACAUUCUGUUAGAUGAAGCUGCCCAGGCCAUGGAGUGCGAAACCAUUAUGCCUCUAGCAUUAGCAACUAAAAGCACUCGGAUUGUCUUGGCUGGUGACCACAUGCAGCUGAGUCCUUUUGUUUACAGCGAGUUUGCCAGGGAAAGAAACCUUCAUGUUUCGUUACUGGAUCGGCUCUAUGAGCAUUACCCUGCCGAGUUUCCGUGUAGGAUCCUCCUCUGUGAGAACUACCGCUCCCAUGAAGCGAUCAUCAAUUACACCUCUGAGCUCUUCUAUGAGGGCAAACUGAUGGCCAGUGGAAAACAACCAGCACACAAGGAUUUCUACCCACUCACUUUCUUUACAGCACGAGGGGAAGAUGUACAAGAGAAAAACAGCACAGCUUUUUAUAAUAACGCAGAGGUAUUUGAAGUGGUGGAACGCGUGGAAGAGUUAAGGAGGAAGUGGCCAGUAGCGUGGGGGAAGUUAGAUGAUGGCAGCAUCGGUGUGGUGACGCCAUAUGCUGAUCAAGUGUUCAGGAUACGUGCUGAACUUCGAAAAAAGAGAUUAUCUGAUGUUAAUGUAGAAAGGGUGCUAAAUGUUCAAGGAAAGCAAUUUAGAGUUUUGUUUCUUAGCACAGUACGUACAAGGCAUACGUGUAAACAUAAACAGACACCAAUUAAAAAGAAAGAGCAACUGCUGGAAGAUUCCACAGAAGACUUAGAUUAUGGUUUUUUAUCCAACUACAAACUCCUCAACACUGCCAUCACCAGAGCACAAUCCCUCGUCGCCGUGGUGGGUGAUCCCAUUGCCCUGUGCUCUAUCGGAAGAUGCAGGAAAUUUUGGGAGCGGUUUAUUGCCCUAUGUCAUGAAAAUAAUAGCCUACACGGAAUCACUUUUGAACAGAUCAAAGCUCAGCUAGAGGCUUUAGAACUGAAGAAGACAUAUGUGUUGAAUCCACUGGCACCCGAAUUUAUCCCGCGGGCUCUAAGACUGCAGCAUUCAGGAAGUGCCAACAAGCUGCAGCAGUCACCUCCCAAGGGGAAAAGCCUCCACCAUACCCAGAAUGAUCAUUUCCAGAAUGAUGGAAUUGUUCAGCCCAAUCCUUCUGUACUUAUUGGCAACCCCAUUAGAGCAUAUACUCCUCCACCCCCUCUUGGACCUCACCCAAAUUUGGGGAAAUCUCCAAGCCCUGUUCAGAGAAUAGAUCCUCAUACUGGGACAAGUAUUCUUUAUGUACCUGCUGUCUAUGGAGGGAAUGUAGUUAUGUCGGUGCCUUUACCUGUACCAUGGACAGGAUACCAGGGUAGGUUUGCAGUUGAUCCUCGAAUCAUUACGCACCAGGCAGCGAUGGCCUACAACAUGAACCUCUUACAGACACAUGGACGGGGGUCUCCAAUACCUUACGGCCUUGGGCAUCAUCCACCCGUCAGCAUAGGGCAGCCACAAAACCAGCAUCAGGAGAAGGAUCAACAUGAGCAAAAUCGAAAUGGUAAAAGUGAUACAAAUAAUCCUGGACCUGAAAUUAAUAAGAUUCGAACACCAGAGAAAAAGCCUCCAGAGUCAAAACAGAUUGAUUUGGACUCAAAUCCACAGAACAGAAGUCCUGAAUCACGUCCUGGUGUUGUUUAUCCCAAUACCAAAUUUCAUCGCAAAGAUAAUCUCAACCCAAGACACAUAAAUCUUCCCCUUCCUGCUCCCCAUGCACAGUACGCAAUCCCCGGUCGUCACUUUCAUCCCCUUCCCCAGCUACCAAGACCACCAUUUCCAAUUCCACAGCAGCAUGCCUUGUUAAAUCAGCAGCAGAAUAAUUUGCCUGAACAACCAAAUCAAAUGCCAUCCCAACCAAAUCAGGUAGUGCAGCAGCAGAAUCCUUUGAAUCAGCUGACUCAGCAGCCACCUCCUCAACUUUCUCCAGCCUAUCAGUCAGGGCCCAACAGUGCUUUUUUUAAUAAUGCAGUUCCUCAUCGACCACAGUCGCCUCCUGCAGAGGCUGUGGUUCCUGAGCAGCAGCCCCCUCCCAUGCUGCAAGAAGGCCACAGUCCCCUGCGAGCCGUUGCGCAGCCUGGCCCCAUUCUCCCUUCACAUCUGAACAACUUCACUGAUGAGAACCCCCCAGGAUUGCCUAUAGGGGAGGCUCUAGAUCGUAUGCAUGGGAGUGUGGCCCUGGAAACAUUAAGGCAGCAGCAAGUGCGGUUACAGCAGUGGAACGAGCAUCAUGCCUAUCUGAGUCAGGGCAGUAUUCCAUACUCACACCAUCACCAUCCUCACCCUCACCUCCAGCAUCUUCCUCAGCCACCCACUGGGUUACAUCAGCCACCAGUGAGGGCAGACUGGAAGCUCCCCAGUGGUGCCGAAGGUGAAGCAGAAACAACAGUUUCAAGGUUGCAAGGCUUACUCAGAGAACUGUCUAAUCGUGAUCAAAGUGAAGCACGGGAACUAGCUGAAAUGCCACCACCUCAAUCAAGACUUUUGCAAUAUAGACAAAUUCAGACCAGGAGCCCACCAGCAGUCCCAUCUCCCCCUUCCAGUACAGACCACAGUAGCCACUUUUCUAACUUUAAUGACAACAGCAGAGACGUUGAAGUAGCCAAUAACCCAGCAUUUCCGCAGCGUCUACCAACCCAGAUAUUCAGCUCGCCUUUCUCGUUGCCAUCCGAACACCUUGCCCCGCCUCCCUUGAAAUACCUGGCACCUGAUGGAGCAUGGACUUUUGCUAACUUACAACAGAAUCACCUAAUGGGGCCGGGUUUUCCCUAUGGCCUACCUCCGUUGCCUCACAGGCCGCCGCAAAACCCUUUUGUACAAAUACAGAAUCAUCAACACACUGUUGGUCAAGAGCCAUUUCACCCAUUGUCAUCUCGAACAGUAUCUUCUUCUUCGCUUCCUAGCCUAGAAGAGUAUGAACCCAGAGGACCUGGUCGGCCCUUGUACCAAAGAAGAAUCUCCUCUAGCUCAGUCCAGCCAUGUUCUGAAGAAGUAAGCGCUCCUCAAGACAGUCUUGCUCAGUGUAAAGAGCUGCAGGACCAUAAUAACCAAUCUUCUUUCAACUUUUUAUCCCCGGAGUCCUGGGUAAACGCCACCUCAUCAACCCCCUAUCAGAACAUUCCGUGCAAUGGAUCCAGCAGGGCAGCUCAGCCCAGAGAAUUGAUAGAGAGAGAGAAAGGGGGAGAGAAAAACAUCAAUGUGAGAAACAUCGAUCGGUUGUCUCCCAUGUGUGCCUCAGUCGGGAAUCAAACCUGUAACCUAGCUCCACCCAAGAACGUCAAAGCCCCCCCCGAGGAUCAACCGAAGUCUGAAAACCUCGAGGUGUCCAGUUCCUUCAACUAUAAUGUGCUGCAGCAUCUCGGCCAGUUCCCCCCCCUCAUGCCCAACAAGCAGAUUGCGGAGUCGGCCAACAGCAGCAGCCAGCAGAGCUCGGCGGGCAGCAAGCCCACCAUGUCCUAUGCCAGUGCUCUGCGGGCGCCCCCCAAGCCCAGGCCCCCGCCUGAGCAGGCCAAGAAGAGUAGCGACCCUCUGUCCCUGUUCCAGGAACUUAGCCUGGGGAGCUCGUCAGGCAGCAAUGGCUUUUACUCCUAUUUUAAAUAAUCACUUUUUUUUUCCUCAAGGGAGAAUGUUUUAAUUUCUGUUUGUGUCAGUAGAAUUAAGAGUGCUGGACUUCAUCUGUAGAUGCACAGUUCCCUUUGUUUUAAUAUUAAAUAUGUUCUCACUUAAUUGCUUUGCUGCUAGACUUGCAACUAAUUUUUUAAAAGUAUAUUCCAUUAUUUUGCAUUUUGAUGUGUCGGAAU